AUGGAGGGUGAAACGGUCGCUAUUGUCGACGGCAUACGGGACGAGUGCUCGGCCGACACUUGGGAUUCCGGAUUAACCGAGGAGGAAAUAGUACUUGCGAAGACCAUAGCGGAGUCUCCGGAGAGUGAGCAGGGCGUGCAGAAAGCAGCGUUGGUGCUGAGACUGCGAGAAGGCAUUGGUUCUUUGGGCAGGAUUUUGAAGACAAUCGAAAAUUUCAAGGGCAUAAUCACGCAUGUCGAGUCGCGACCUUCAAAGAAGGAGGGUUUGCAGUUUGAAGUCUUGGUCAAGAUUGACAUGAGCAAGCAGAGUCUGCUUCAGCUGAUUAGAAAUCUGCGACAAAGCUCGGCCUUGGACGGCGUGACCCUGCUUGCCGACAAUUCCGUUAGCAUCAAAGAUCCCUGGUUCCCCCGUCACGCUUCCGAGCUCGACAAUUGCAAUCAUCUAAUGACCAAGUACGAGCCGGAUCUCGACAUGAGUCACCCGGGCUUCGCCGACAAGGAGUAUCGCGCUCGUCGCAAGGUCAUUGCCGAAAUUGCUUUCGCUUACAAGUACGGCGAUCCGAUACCCAGCAUUCCUUACACCGAGACGGAGAACGAGACUUGGUCGCGCGUUUUUAUCACCGUGCUGGAUCUAGUGCCGAAGCAUGCAUGCGUGGAAUAUCAGAGGGUUUUCAAGAAACUGCAGGAAGAGAGGAUCUUUGAGCCUCAUCGUAUACCGCAGCUGCAGGAGGUCAGCGAUUUCCUCAAGAAAAGCACAGGAUUCACUCUUCGACCGGCCGCCGGUCUCUUGACAGCGCGCGACUUCUUGUCCAGCCUUGCCUUCAGGAUAUUCCAAAGCACCCAAUACAUCCGUCAUAUUAAUAGCCCGUAUCACACUCCCGAGCCAGACUGCAUCCAUGAGCUCUUGGGCCAUAUGCCGCUUCUGGCUGAUCCUAGUUUUGCUCAAUUCUCGCAAGAGAUCGGUCUGGCGUCCCUCGGUGCUUCGGAUGAGGAAAUCGAGAAAUUGUCGACCAUCUAUUGGUUCACGAUCGAGUUCGGUCUCUGCAAGGAAGGCACUGAAAUCAAAGCUUACGGUGCUGAAUUUGGUUGUACAGAAAACGGAUAUCCAGCGCGAAGACGUUCCCUCGUAGACGAUGCUCGCUUUGAGACGUUGGUCGUCAAGCAGACGAAGCAAAGCGUACUCGAGGAAGCUCGACAACGAGCUAAUGACACGAAUGCCGAUCAGACAAUCACUUGUACUCAGGAGCAACAGGGACAAGGAGAGCAUUAUGUUGAUGUUUCAUCAAGUGACGACGAACAAGUAGAGUCGUUAAUUUGCGCAGCAAAGAAGGAAGAAGCGAAAGCGGAGGCUUCGGAUAGCGAUGGAAAGCCAGAUGAAGACGAUGAUGACGAUUCCGGAUUAACCGAGGAGGAAAUAGUACUUGCGAAGACCAUAGCGGAGUCUCCGGAGAGUGAGCAGGGCGUGCAGAAAGCAGCGUUGGUGCUGAGACUGCGAGAAGGCAUUGGUUCUUUGGGCAGGAUUUUGAAGACAAUCGAAAAUUUCAAGGGCAUAAUCACGCAUGUCGAGUCGCGACCUUCAAAGAAGGAGGGUUUGCAGUUUGAAGUCUUGGUCAAGAUUGACAUGAGCAAGCAGAGUCUGCUUCAGCUGAUUAGAAAUCUGCGACAAAGCUCGGCCUUGGACGGCGUGACCCUGCUUGCCGACAAUUCCGUUAGCAUCAAAGAUCCCUGGUUCCCCCGUCACGCUUCCGAGCUCGACAAUUGCAAUCAUCUAAUGACCAAGUACGAGCCGGAUCUCGACAUGAGUCACCCGGGCUUCGCCGACAAGGAGUAUCGCGCUCGUCGCAAGGUCAUUGCCGAAAUUGCUUUCGCUUACAAGUACGGCGAUCCGAUACCCAGCAUUCCUUACACCGAGACGGAGAACGAGACUUGGUCGCGCGUUUUUAUCACCGUGCUGGAUCUAGUGCCGAAGCAUGCAUGCGUGGAAUAUCAGAGGGUUUUCAAGAAACUGCAGGAAGAGAGGAUCUUUGAGCCUCAUCGUAUACCGCAGCUGCAGGAGGUCAGCGAUUUCCUCAAGAAAAGCACAGGAUUCACUCUUCGACCGGCCGCCGGUCUCUUGACAGCGCGCGACUUCUUGUCCAGCCUUGCCUUCAGGAUAUUCCAAAGCACCCAAUACAUCCGUCAUAUUAAUAGCCCGUAUCACACUCCCGAGCCAGACUGCAUCCAUGAGCUCUUGGGCCAUAUGCCGCUUCUGGCUGAUCCUAGUUUUGCUCAAUUCUCGCAAGAGAUCGGUCUGGCGUCCCUCGGUGCUUCGGAUGAGGAAAUCGAGAAAUUGUCGACCAUCUAUUGGUUCACGAUCGAGUUCGGUCUCUGCAAGGAAGGCACUGAAAUCAAAGCUUACGGUGCUGGUUUGUUGUCGGCCUAUGGCGAACUCCUGCAUGCGUUAAGCGAUAAAUGUGAGCACCGAUCAUUUGAUCCGUCAACCACCGCUCUUCAGAAAUAUCAAGAUCAGGAAUAUCAGCCGAUAUAUUACGUAGCCGAAAGCUUUGAUGAUGCCAAGGAGAAAUUCCGUCGCUGGGUGGCUACCAUGAGUCGACCGUUCGAGGUCAGAUACAAUCCGCAUACGCAACGCGUCGAAGUCCUCGAUAGCGUUGAUAGACUGGAGGAUCUGAUUUCUCAACUCAACACCGAGAUGACCCACCUCACGAAUGCUGUCAACAAAAUGAAGGCGAAACAUUUUGCGUAAAAAUGAGAACUUCCGCAUCUUCGUUAUAUUGAUUCGAUUAUUCCUCUUGCGAACCAUCAAACCUUGAAGUCGAUCAUGUGUUUUAGAUCAAUAAUCACUUUUCUGAACUCUGGUGACAAUAAUUUUUGAUAAUCUAUUGUAUUUGUUUUAAUGAUUAUAUCUAAUGAUACGCCUUUAAAUAAUAUAUUUCGAGAAUGUGUUAGCUUGAUCGGUGAUUUUGAUAAAAUUAUAGAUCGAAAGAUAUUAGUUUCAAAUUAAGCGUUUUUAACUGCGUUAAGACUUCAACUUAUAGGUUCGAUGGAGCAAUUCAUCGUCAUCAUCAUCCUUGUUCCGCUCAUCAAUUUAUCUGCCAUUGUAUAAAGUCGUUUAUUAGUAUGUUGUACGCGUGUACGCGCACCGGUUACGAACGUAAAUAACGACAAAUCUUCGGUAUAUAUGCGAAUAUUACUCAACGUAAUAUUGUUGGUAGCAUCAAGAUAACCGCACAGCUUUAUUGAAUAAUAAAUCAUUUGUGGAUGAAGUAAUUCAUGACAGCCCAAUCUCUUGCCCUCGAGUAUUUUUUACGAGGUGCCAAAUGAGCGAAAAUACAUAUCACAAGGUUAUCUUGGUACAAAUAAGAUAACAUCAUUUUUUUCGCCAAUGGUUACGUGUACGCGCGUAUGUGAUUCACAUUACUAUUAUUUACUAUUAUAUUAUUAUUACUAUUAAUGAUUUUAUCAUUAUUACUCCGUUUUAUUUUAUUAUAUAAUAUUACAUUAUUUACGUUAGCAUACGUUAUUAUGCAUGAGUUCACUUAAUCCAGCAAACACUGGCAUUUGCCCCGAUAUUUAAAAGAGCAAUCUACGUUUAGCAAAAGUUGUAAUGCGAGAUGAUUAUUGAUAAGAAUUAUAUCGUAGUUUUAAGACUUAAAACUCACGAGAUUGACUCUUCGUGGCAAUAGAAUUCGUCGCUCGAAUGUGAGCGUACAGUAUUUUUUUUUUUGCUAUUAAAUUGACAGGCAACUAUAUGGACUCGUUGGGCAGUCUUUCUGGACUAGCCGACAAGGACGAGCGUUUAGCGAAUGUCCUUAUCGGUUUGUCUUACUUUAGAAUUUAUGUAUACCGAAUUAAACAGUAUUUCGUAAAAGAUAAUAAUAUAUUUUUAAGUUGUGUUCUUACUUAUUGUUAAAUAGCUCGAUAUGUCGCUUCUUAUUUGGUCGAAUUAUGUGGAGAUUUUAGUCUUCGGGUAGUUACGAAAAUUACGAAGCGACGUUGCUUUAUAGAGGCACUAUUUAGCGAGUAGUGCGAGUCCCCGCUUGCGCACGCUGUGCUUUCAACCUAUCGCGCCGAUUUGUACGAAAUAAUUUUCUCGUACGUUUACGUGUGCGUGUAACCCACCCUCGUUAGAUUGUAGUAAAGACGGUCGAUACAUAUGACAUGUUUCCUUUGUAUUAUAUUGUAAAGUUCUCAGAGCGUAAUAAAAAAUUAAGAUGUAAAUCUUA